AUGGAACAGGUUGUCUCAUGCCAGCGGGAUACAGAAGAGUUGGGAGCUGGGAGCGAGAAACAUCCGCUGCAGAAGAAGAAGAAGAAGAAGAGAAAGAAUACAACUACCUCGGCAGAAGGUCAUCUUGAACCUCUAUUCUUGCCCCAUCGCGGGGUUGGGCUGGCACUGGUGCUGGUGCUGGUGCUGGUGCUGGUGGGUUGA